GAAACCUUUCUCCAAGUGGGAGAUUCAUCUCAAGAUUCAUCUCAAGUGUUGCAAAUAAUGGAAAUUGAGCUAAGCCUCUUGUAUGAGGUUCUUCACACCAAGUUGCCUGUGGUUGGUUGCAUGAUGGGAUACAUUUUCAGGUUCAUUACUAUGUGUUGCAUCUUGGUAGCGUUGUUGUCUUUCUCAUUAUUUAAGAAGUAUUAUCUACUGAAGCAGUUAGACAUGUGGCUAACCUAUGGUUUGCUAAUCUGGGCCUUUGUGUUGGAUAUCAUAUCUAUUGUAUUACUCCUCUCCUCCGACUGGAUUUUGGCUGCUCACAUCCAGAAUACGAAGUCGAGAUUCUUCAAGAAGCGCAGGUGGUCUAGAGCAGUUUCCCAGUUGAAUUUUAUUACUUACUAUGUUAGUGAUUAUCCAAGUUUAUUGAAAGAAGUUGCUGAUUUUCUUCGCAUAAGGGGUUUGUUGGAAGACAUAAAAGGAAUCCGAUGUCUAUCUUCCAAAGAUUUCAAAGAAGACGACCCAGAAUGGCGGUUCAUUUUUGAGGAAGUGAAAGAAUUAAAUGAGUUUUUGAAUAGUAAAAUGACAGCCCCGUCUCAGACUGUGCUAGACACCAAGCAAGUUUGGUUAUAUGGUCGUGAACGAGUUCUUCAAGGUUUUACCAUUUCUAAUGAGCUCAUUAAUAUUGUGGAGGAGUUAGAUUACACGAAAAGUGUACUAACAUGGCAUAUAGCCACUGAAUUAUGCUUCGAAGGAGUAGACCAAACGUUUACAUCAGGGAAUGGGAGUAUAAGUCACAGAAAAUUUUGCAAGCUGCUCUCAGAUUAUAUGUUUUACCUACUAGUAAUGCAGCCAGCUAGUAUGGCAGCUGUUUCUGUGAGUUGGAAAAAGGUGUUCGAAGAAACAUUGGCAGAGACCGCGUUAUAUGUAAGAAGGAGUUCAAUCUCAAAUGAUGAGGAUGCUCACGAAAAAAUUCGUCAACUGAUCCCAAAUUUCAGAAAUCCAGAAAGGGAUAUAAGUAGAUCGGUGUUAUUUGCUGCAUCUGAGCUUGCCAAACAACUAACGUCUAACAGUACUCCUUGGGAGCAAAUGAGCAAAGUUUGGGUACAUUUAAUGUGUUUUGCUGCUAUGAACUGCAGGCCACACGUCCAUGCACAGCAACCUAGUAAGGGCGGUGAACUUCUCACAUUCGUUUGGUUGCUCAUGAAUCAUCUGGGACUUGGGACUCACUUUUCAAGCCGUUACUGAUGCUACAUAGUGAAUUUGAUGAAAACUGCUUUCAGCGUAGUUUUAUCUUUCUUUGUAUAACUAGCUACUUGUUGCUGAUGAUGGACUUAUGUAAUCAGUUGUUUUAGUUUCUACAAAUGAUAUCACAUCUUUGCCCCAUGAGUCUAGCUUCGAGCUACUAAUUUUCACUUGUAAUUAAAAUUUCAGUGCUGGA